AUGCGCGCAGCAGCAACCCUCAUGCGUCUCAUCCCAGAAGUCACCUCCAUCAAGCCCGACACGAAGCCAGUUGUAGUCUGUGAUCUCGGAUCUGGAGAUGGUGAUUUCCGUGCGUACGGAUCGAACUCCAUCCUCUGAACCCCUCCUUUCGUGCCAAGUGUUAUCAAACUCCUCACUGAACUUCAAAAUGUUGGAAAACUCAAAAUUCCAAAAACUCCAGAACUGACACAAACAUCUCAAGUAAUCGGACUGCUUUCUCACAUCAACAAGCUUAAUUCCUCUGAUAUCGUCGCGGCAAAUGGGGUAGGUGUAGAUUAUGACGCAGCACUUAUCGACGAUGCAGGACUGAAAUCGAAACUCGAAGGUGUGGACGCGAAAUGGCUUGUCUAUGAUUUCAAUGCGGACGAAAAUGAUAUUGUUACUCAGCUAGUCACUAAUCAUCUGGUUACCCAUGUCUUCAUCUAUUUGACACCGAAACAGUUGGCUUUACCGACGGUACGGAAGAUUUUGACUCGGUUUUGUGGAAGUAAGAUGGUGGUGUGUUGCUACAAGUACUUUCCCCUUUACCUUAAGCCUGUAAGGAGGGAUCUUGUGAUGGAUUUGGUGGUUUUUGAUGAGACGAGUCAAGGAGGGAAACGAGAAGAUUUCUUUUGA